GUGGUCAUGGACUGUUUGCUGCCAUGUGAUCCUCUGCUGGGUUUAAAAGCUUAGGACCCAAAGAGAAGAACACAGUAGACAAUUCCCCCACUGGCUGCUUCUCUGAAGCACAAAUCAAAAGGACUGGGUGCUGUGUCCUUAAAGAUGUCGGACACCGAAGAGGCCACAUACGAAGACACUGCAGAGGAACAUGGAGGAGGCACAGAUGAUUCAAAGCCCAAGAUAAAGGCCACAUUCGUGCCUGGCUUGGCCCCUCUUAAGAUCCCAGAUGGGGAAAAAGUGGACUUUGAUGACAUCCACAGGAAGCGUAUGGAGAAGGAUCUGACUGAGCUGCACACGCUGAUUGAAGCUCACUUCGAGAAGCGCAAGAAGGAAGAAGAGGAGCUGCUUGUGCUCACAGAUCGCAUUGAAAAACGCAGGUCUGAGAGAGCUGAGCAGAUGAAGAUCCGAGCUGAGAGAGAACGAGAACGGCAGGCCAAACUAGCUGAAGAGAAAGCGAGAAAAGAGGACGAAGAAGCCAAGAAGAAGGCAGACGAUGACGCAAGAAAGAAGAUGAUUUUGUCCAACCUGAGUUUCACCGGAUACAUGGGACAAACACAGCCGGGUGCCAAAAGACAAACGGAACGAGAGAAGAAGAAGAAGAUCCUCACUGAUCGCCGCAAGGAGCUGAACAUCGAUCAGUUGAAGGAGGACAAACUGAGAGAGAAAGCCAAGGAGCUGUGGGACUCGAUGCGGCAGCUCGAGGCAGAGAAAUUUGAGCUUCAGUAUAAGCACACAAAGCAGAAGUAUGAGAUCACAGUGCUCAGGAAUCGGGUCAGCGAUCAUCAGAAAAU